ACCCACAUCAAAGAUGGCGGGGAAACCCGAUCCCUGCGGCCUCUUAUCGCCUAGCAACGCGAUGCAGUCAGGCGGGAGCCGCCUCCGGCGCGGAGACACGGGGAGGCCUUGGCACCGGGGUGGGGGGUGCAGAGGAAACAGGGGCUGAGGCCCCGGGGUCAGAGGAUAGCGAGUGAGGUCACGGGUCAGAGGGCACUGGUGGCUUUAGGAGGGGGUCCGGGGUACUAGCAGUGACCACCCCUCGUGGUCGGCCCCAUGGAGGAGGCGCUGGCGGGCGCCCCCGAGAGCUUCCCGCUCCACAUCCUGGGGCUCGGCCAGGCACUGCCGGACGUGGAGCCCCCCUGUGAGACACAGCCGGGCGCGGCCGUUCUGCGGGACAGGGCACGGGAGCACUCUUACCAAGGCAUGCUGUUCUUCUCCCGGGGCGAGUGGGAGAAAGCUGUCAUCUCCUACUCCAAAGCCAUUAACCUGGACCCCCAGCAGGUAGAGUUCUACGUGCAGAGAGCAGAAGCUUUUCUCCAGCUCUGUGACUUCCAGUCCACGGUGCUGAACCUCCGGAAGGCUCAUUCCUUGUCCUCGCUGAAGGAAGAGUACCUCGACCGCAUGGCCUUCAUCCUCUGCCUGCAGGGUCAGUGUUUGUUUGACCAGCAGGUCUACUGGGAUGCUUUGGAGUCCUUCACUCAAGCCUCAGAGCUGCAGCCCAACAAUGUGAUAUAUCACAGGAAAUGUAUUGCUUGCCUUGCUGCCCUGAACAGAUUCUCUGAUUGUCUGCACCUGGUUAACAGAGACCUGGAUCGAGACCCCGAGAACCCAGACCUGUACACCCUGAGAGCCAGGCUGUAUGACCACUUCAACAAGGUUCCUCUGUGCUACCAGGACAUCCAGAAGGCCAUGGCUCUGGAGCCACAGCAUGAGGGAGCUCAGGCACUAAUGCAGAAGCUAUUGAAGCGAGGCCAGAAAGCCAAGGCUGAAGCUGUGAAUAAGGCCCUAAUGGGGGAUCUGGGGGAAGCCAUCCUCAAAAUCAACUUUGCCUUGGAGAACAGCCCCCUGGAGGCUGAGUACUACACAUUCAGAGGGACUCUCUAUAGAAGGCUCAAGGAUUUCACUGCGGCCAUUGAUGAUUACAUAAGGGCUGUGGAACUAGUUGAGGUGGGGGGAGCAGCCAGCCUGGAGGUGCAGCACCAGCUCCUGCUCACCUACAAUGACUUUGCAGUUCACUGCUACACCAGGGGCUGCUUUGAAGAGGCACUACUGCUUCUGAACAAGGCUCUGAAGGCAGAUAAGAAUGAAAAGGGGCUCUAUGUCAACAGAGGAGACUGCCUCUUCCAGCUGGGGGAGCUCUCCUAUGCCUUGGCCGACUACCAGCAGGCACUGGAGCUGAGCCCAUGGGACACGAGCCUGCAGCGCCGCGUUUCCAUGCUGUUGGACAAGCUGGGGAUGCGGGAACUCAGGAGGAGGCGGUACCAGCAGGCCGAGUCGUACUUCUCCAAUGCCAUUGACUGCGACCCUCGUCUGCCGCAGUACUUUCUGCACCGGGCCAAGAGCCGCUUGGGCCUGCAGGAGGUGAUGGGUGCCAAGGAGGAUGUUGCUAUGGCGCUGUUGUUGGACCCUGCAGAUGAGGAGGCUGUGCUUCUUAUCACCAGCCUCUUCCCAGGAAAGUCUGUCCAGAGCAUCUUGAGCAGUAAGGUCGGGGACCUUGCGAGAGCCCUGUUGGAGGCAAAGCUUCAGGCCUGCCCAGUGGACCAGAACCCUGCCAAGGCCCCCUGUUCCCUGGUAGACCUGGAGGAUGAGCUGAAAGAACCAGGCACUGGGAGUGAAGUGGCAGAGCAGCCUGGUAGCAUCCUGUGGCAUGCAGAGAACAGCCUCAGCUCCUGUACAACUGAGCAUAAGUUGUACAGGAAAAGGUUUGCUUCUGGAAGCAGCACGAGCAGAGUAAGUGCCCCCACUUUGUAAGGGAAGGGGGAGAAGCAGGAAGUGAGUGCCAAGGCCUCAUGGCAUAUAGCAACCCAGGGGCCACAGCCAGCAGAGGGGUACUCAGUUUACCCCUGCCCAGAAUAGACUGUGUGACUAA